AUGCCCGAGAUCGACGCCCUCCGCUUAUACGUCUACCUCCACUUCUCCAACAACACCACAACAGUCGAAGUCGAGUUCCCCUCCACGGAAAAGGACCUCGCCGAAGCAUACCGCCAGAGCAUCCGGCGGCACAAGGACCUGGAACUCUCCCGCGACGACGGCAACAUCGUCGCCUUCGAACUGCCGCCCUCCGCCACCGACGUCUCGACGACCCGCUCGGCCCGGGCCAUCAUCGUGCACUUCAAGAGAUCCAACGACGCGAAGCGAUGGGCCGACGCCAUCUGCAGGCCCGUCGCGGACUCCUCGCACCAGGUCUAUGUUAAGCAGUACUGGAACGAGGCGGACCUGGCGGGGUUGAGGGAGAGUUUGAAUACUUCGUCGUCGUCGUCGCCGCCGAAACCGUCGUUGCUGAAGCCGUCGUCGGAUCGUGGGGGCGCGCCGCCGCGGCCGGCGCUGACGUCGGUGAAUUUUAUUGGACGUUUGGGCGCUUUGGAAUGA